AUGUUCUUUGGCAGAAGCCUAAAGUUCGUCAUCGUCCUCGAUGUCAACUCCCCUGCAGCGUUACACUCCCACAUAUGUAGGUCUAGUGGGGUGAAGUUGACGAUGGAGUACGGCGUGGUGAAGAUAAUCUUGUUGCCGACGCUCUGUGCGUUGACGCGCAUCUCUGCUGUACCCUUCGUCCCGCCGAGAAGUUUAAGACGUGCAGUGUGGCGCGUGAGCCGCACGUUCUGUGGUGUGGUGAAGGCCGCGCCACCGCCCUGCGCAUCCGCCUGCCGCACCUCGAGGUGGAAAGCAACGUCAUUGAGGGUUGCCUCGCCGAGAAUCACGUCGGUGCUUUUUGUCGGCUCUACUACUGCAUUGUAUAGCGGCUUCGACUGCUGCUGCUUCUGCUUCGACACGGCCUUUCCGUAG